AUGACAUGGAUCCCCCACAUUCAGGAUGUAAAAAUACGGACAACAGCAAUUGCUAAGCAGAUGAGACUCUUCUACGGAUAUAAAUGGGGCCUUAACCCGCAUAUCCAAAAAGUACUCUAUACAACUGUAGUUGAGAAAAUAAUAACACAUGCCGCCCCAGUAUGGGCACACCCAAUGCAAGGCAGGAAAGUCAGGCAUCUCAACACUAUCCAAAGACCCUUUGCAUUGGGAAUCACCAGAGCAUAUCGCACCACUUCAACUGAUGCCAUUAACGUGCUCGCCGGCCUCCUUCCUCUGCACAUUCGUGUCGAAGAAGAGGCAGCACGUCAACACGUCCUACAGCUCAAAAGAACAGUCACUUUCGAUGAAGAGACUUACUACCCUGAAGAGUAUGAAACGAAUGUCUGCCCACUCAACAUCCACCCAGCAGUGAAGGGCAAGGGAGUUUUUGUCACUAUUAAUCCUACUGCAACCCAUCGUCCCGGAGAAUUUAUCAUGUACACGGACGGGUCAAGAAUAGAUGAAAAGGUAAGAUGCGCAUAUGUAGCCAUGACGCACGACACAGUAAACGAGCAAUGGAAAGGUCAACUCAGACAGAAUAACAGCGUCUUCCAGAGCGAAGCGGUAGCAAUCGCAAAAGCAAUUCGCUAUCUGCACACACAUCAGCACAGGCAUGCUACCAUCAAAACUGAUAGUCUAUCAUCGCUGUAUGCCAUAUGGAACCCGGACCACCCAUCAGACAUCAUACAGGGCAUACAAAAGGACCUUAGGGAAAACUUUCCUUAUCGCACGAAACUGGAAUGGAUCAAAGCUCAUGUCGGCCACCAAGGCAAUGAGCUAGCUGAUCAACUCGCCAAGGAGGCCACGACAGAUCCAUCCAGUACGCAAAUAACCAUUCCAUGGCCCCACUCGUUUCUCAAAAAGACACUUCGCUUAAAGGCCACCGGUUUAUGGCAAAGUGAAUGGGACACCAGCGCCACCGGGAGGCGCACGCACUACUUUAUCAGCUACGUGGAUCCCAGCAGAAACACUGCCAACACACAGCUG